AUGUCCUCCACGAUUGCCCUUCAAUCGCGACUCAAGGAGCUAUCCGCAGCUCUGGGCCAUAUACACCCACUCGUAGGCCGGUUACGCAAUUUCACAACGUCUGUUGGCCAAGGCGAUGAAGCUCGUUUGGAACUCGGUGCGGAAAUACAUUCGCUGCUGAAAGAGGCAGAAGAGCAAAUGGAGCUUCUCAAAGUCGAGGUCGAUGCGCUAGAAACUGGCGUGGAGACGAAGAGGAAGGGACAAGACACCGAGAAAGAAGCGGAGAGGGAACGAGUUGUUGUAUUGGCGGGGAGGUUGACUGAAGAUUUGAAACGGACGAGGGGAGAUUUCCGAAAUGCCCAAUUGCAAGCAAAGCGAAACGCAGAACUUGCGAAGCGAAAGGAGCGAGAUCUAUUGUUUACAAGAUCGCAAACCACAGAAGGACGGAAGCAGUCAUCGGAAAAGUUAACGCAGGAUGAAAUCGUGAAGAAUGCAUCAAGCGAUGUAACUGCGGCUUUGAGAAGGACGCAUCAAUUGAUGCAGGGCGAGCUAUCACGGAGUCAAUUCGCACAGCAGACACUCGAGCAAUCGACUGCUGCCAUCUCUUCUUUAUCCGAAUCAUACACUGGUCUCGAUACCCUCCUAUCGUCAUCUCGCAACCUCGUUGGUUCUCUUCUCCGCUCCCAGAAAUCAGACACCUGGUAUCUUGAAACUGCGUUCUAUAUACUACUGGGAACUAUCAUUUGGCUUUUAUUCCGCCGCAUACUCUACGGACCAAUGUGGUGGCUGGUCUGGCUGCCGCUUAAACUGGUGACUAAAUUUACUUUCGCAAUCUUAGGGGCUGUUGGUAUAACCAGCGCAGCUUCUCAAUCUUCUGCGUCUGUUAUUCCUACGGCUUCUACCGCCGCCUCUAUCCCGGCCCUGGAAACACCAGGCUUAGUUCAUGAAACGGAAACAUAUGCUGCCGAGGGCACUGGCACUGGCACUGCAUGGGAGCAGGCAUCAGCCUCUGUUGAACCAUCGGAUAGCGAUCGCAUAAUUGAUGAGAUCGCGAACAUGACAGAGGAAAUCAACAGGCGGGAGGCAAAACCUGUUGAUGACAUAAUGCCGGAGGAAACCAACAAGGAAGAACCCGGCCAUGAAGAGACGGUCAUUGAUGAUAUCUCGCCGGAGGAGAAAGCCAGACAAGAUGAGAUUCCUCGUAACCCGAAGAAGAGGAUCAACAAAGCUCGCGCUGCGGCCGCAGCAUCCAGUACUUCGAAGCCGAAGGCCGCAGGAAAGGAGGAGCAGGAACAGAAUCAACCAUGGGUUGAAAAAUACCGUCCGAAGUCACUGGAUGAUGUAGCUGCUCAAGAUCACACCACAAAGGUUCUCCAGCGGACGUUACAAGCUUCCAAUCUCCCUCACAUGCUCUUCUAUGGCCCCCCAGGUACCGGAAAAACAUCAACCAUUCUCGCACUGGCAAAAUCGCUCUUCGGCCCCGCGCUUUACCGUUCUCGAAUCCUUGAACUGAACGCUUCCGACGAACGAGGCAUUGGAAUUGUGCGUGAUAAGGUCAAGAACUUUGCCAGAGCCCAACUCACCCAGUCUACCGGAAUGGACGCCGAAUAUCUCGCCCAAUACCCUUGCCCGCCAUUCAAGAUUAUCAUUCUCGAUGAGGCAGAUAGCAUGACGCAAGAUGCGCAGUCCGCCCUUCGACGCACAAUGGAACAAUACAGUCGUAUCACACGUUUCUGUCUCGUGUGUAAUUAUGUUACGAGGAUUAUUGAGCCCUUGGCGAGUCGUUGCAGCAAGUUCCGGUUCAAGUCUUUGGAUAAUAGUGCUGCGGGAGAUAGACUGGAACAUAUUGCACGGAUUGAGGGCCAGAAACUUGAGGAUGGCGUUGUGGAGAAAUUGAUUGCUUGUGCUGAGGGUGAUCUCCGACGUGCAAUCACAUAUUUGCAGAGUGCGGCUAGAUUGGUGGGAGCUCGCCGCAAGAAGGACGGCGAUGAAGACUCUGAAAUGACCGACGACAGCCCGGAGUUGAUUACCGUGAGGACAAUUGAAGAAAUCGCCGGUGUUAUUCCAGAGAAUGUUAUAGACAGCUUGGUCCAGGCCAUGCAACCAAAGAAAAUUGGCUCCUCAUAUGAGCCCGUCGCUGCAGUGAUUACGGAUAUUAUUGCAGACGGUUGGAGCUCGACCCAGCUGCUCAUACAGUUGUAUCGACGUAUUGUUUUCAACGAUGCCAUCCCCGAUAUCCAAAAGAACAAGAUCGUCACAGCCUUUUCUGAAAUGGAUAAGCGUCUGGUUGACGGCGCAGAUGAGCAUCUUUCUAUAUUGGAUUUGUCUCUCCGGAUUUCAGGAAUUCUGGGCGGAGCUUAG